AAAUGUCCUUUCAAUUUAUGGUAUGGGUGGGUUGGGAAAGACCACUCUCGCAAGAAACCUAUAUAACUCCCCAGGUCUACUAGCUAUCUUUCAAACUCGUGCUUGGAUAUGCGUCUCUCAACAGUAUAGUACCCCAGAUCUCCUUCGGAGUAUCAUAAAAUCUAUCCAUGGUUGCAGUGAAGAACUGCUCAAAUUGCUGAAGGAGAUGUCAGAGAGAGAUCUAGAAACUCACCUCCGUGAUCUAUUGAAAGAGCGCAAAUACCUUGUCGUGGUUGAUGAUCUAUGGCAUCGAGAAGCUUGGGAGAGCCUGAAAAGAGCCUUACCGGAUAACAACAAUGGAAGUAGAGUUAUCCUUACAACACGAAAAGAGGAUGUGGCUGAAAGAGUCGAUGACAAAGGUUUCUCCCAUAAACUUCGUUUUCUAAAUAAAGAAGAAAGUUGGGACCUUUUAUGCAAGAAACUAUGUCCAGAGAAUAAGAUGGGUGGUAUUGACUUGUUCUCUCCUUUAAUGAAAAAGCUAGCUGAGGAAAUGGUGGACAAGUGCAAAGGCUUACCACUUGCAAUUGUGGUACUAGGUGGGCUACUUUCCCACAAAAGAGGGGUGGACCAAUGGCAAAAGGUGAAGACACACCUUUGGCAGCAUAUGAAGAAUGACUCUGUUGAGAUCACUCACAUCCUAUCACUGAGCUACAAUGAUUUGUCAUUUGAGCUCAAGCAAUGUUUUCUGUACUUUGGCAUUUUCCGAGAAGAUGAAAUGAUUGAUACAGAAAAGUUGAUGCAUUUAUGGCUGGCAGAGGGAUUCAUGCCAAGAAUGAGAGAAGUACACAUGGAGGAUAUUGCUGAAAACUUCCUUCAUGAGCUGAUAAGUCGAAGCUUGAUUCAAGUGGCCGACACAUUCUUCGAUAAAAUUCUUACAUGUAGGAUGCAUGACCUACUUCGGGAUCUUGCUGUACAAAAGGCCAUGGAGGUUCACUUGUAUGACAUUUAUGAUCCAAGAGUAAAUUCGGUCACUCCAUUUCGUCACCGACAUGCUAUUCACGCGCAAACUCAAAGGUAUCUGUCACUUGAUGUUUCUAAAUUGAAAGUGAGGUCAAUAUUGUUCUUUGAUAACGAGUUUAAGAACUUUGACUAUAGUAAGAAGUUCAUGACGUUCUGUAUGUCAUUCCCCCAUCUAUAUGUGCUAGACUUGGAGAAUAUCCUUUUUGAUGGGAAUGAACUACCUGAUGCUAUAGGCAAUUUGGUACACCUCAAGUUCUUAGGCUUGUCUAAUACCAAUCUUUUCGAACUCCCACCUUCUAUUGGCAAACUAAAAAGCUUACAAACGCUGGAAGCAUUGAUAUUUGACAAUUGUUCUUGCAAACUACCUCCUCAGGUAGCCCAGCUCACAAAUUUGAGACAUUUAGUUUCUCGAUAUGAGGUUCCUUUGCAAGUUGACAGGCUGACAAAUUUACGAACUCUUAAGUACAUUCGUUGCGAUCAAUGGAAAGAUACUGAUGCUUCUGGUUUAGUCAACCUUCAAGAAUUGGGCAUGGAAAAGAUUAGGAAAUCUUACUCCCUAAAAUCCAUUGGCAGUCUGAAAAGCCUCACCACCUUGUUUCUAGUUUGCCGAUAUGGUGAAACUUUUCCUCCCCUUGAACCUCUUUCUUCUUGUGAAAACCUUCACAGAUUGUGGUUAUCAGGGGGAAUAGAAGAACUAGCAGAUUUAAACAAGCUUCCAAAAUCCGUCACUGUGUUAGUCCUAGAGUGUGCACGACUUAAGGAAGAUCCAAUGCCAAUUCUGGGGAAACUUCCAAACUUAAAGCAUCUUGAGUUAUCAUGGGCGUACAAGGGAAAGCAAAUUACUUGCAAGGGCAACAGUUUUGGUCAACUGGAGACCCUUACACUUGGUAAUCUUGAAAAACUAGAAAGCUGGCAUCUUGACACAACUGCUAUGAGUGUGAUUAAGAGUUUGAGUAUAUUUGGGUGUCUGAAGCUGAAAAAAAUUCCAGAAAGAAUGGAACAUAUUGCGGUGAUUGAUAGUAAUCAAGCCAAAGGGAAUACUAUGAUCGGUUCCCAAAUUAACUAGCUAGGAACUUUCUGCAUGCCUGAAGCUUUUGAGGUAUAAGAGAUAAGUUUGAGCUGAAGAGUUGAUUAGUAUGCAGUUUUAGUUUGAGAUAUAGUUUAUUUGAGCCCUACAAUUAGUGUCUCUUGUCUGCCUCUCUUUUUGUAUCCCUGCUUUCCAAGAGACACUUUCCGUUACUUCAUUGUACGUUUGUGUUCCUGUUAUAUAAUCGUGCCAAUUGGAUCA